GUCCUGGACACUAUGCAGCAGCUCUUUCCUUUCCAUCAGCAUCUCCAACUUGUUGCCUGCCUCUGUUGGGUCCCCUUGCUGGCCAUCAGCGCUGAGUCAGCCACACUGGCCCCCGAGUGCAGACCAGGGGGGCACCGCAUCCUCCGCAACCCCCGCAGGAGCCCCAACUUCGACUCGCGAGGGGCAAACGAGGGGCUGCUGUGUGACCACUCCUUGCCCCUGGCCUGGUACCGCCUCCUGCUCUGCCAGAGACCUGCCCAGAUGCCCACCAGAUGUGUCCAGGUGAACAAAUGUGGGACACAGGCUCCGGUGUGGCUGUCACUGGAGUCUGAAUCCCUUCCAGCUCCUGGGGAGAGCAAGAGGCUGACGGGCUGUGCCAGCUGGCAGGGCUUUGGGGGCACCAGGCACUGCUGCCUGUUCCAGAUCCCCAUCACCGUCAGGAACUGCGGUGUUUUCUUCGUGUAUCUCCUGCAGCCCACUCCAGGAUGCAUGGGCUACUGUGCCGAAGACAAACUCACCAGCCUGGCUUUGGAUCCGGUGAUCACUCCAGAGCUCGUCCAAGGCCGAUCCCUCCUGAAGUGCAGCUACAGCCCCCGUUCCCCUGAGCCCCCAGUGCAGUUCAGGGUGCUCUGGUCCCGCCUGUCCAGCCCUGGGAAGAGGGAGCAGAUCCUCCAGGAGAACACCCUAAAGGAGUUUUCCCACCUGGAGAUGGAUGGCAAAAAUCUCCGCCUGGGAGACACGGUGUUUUGCACUGUCACAGCKUUUAGGAGGGGCACUCCUGAGCAGCAGUCACUACCUGAGGACAGCCAAGGUUUCUAUGCAGGGAUUAAGUUUUUACCAGAGUCACUAGAAAUUGCAGAGGAUGGCAAAGAGCACGUUCUGACUGUCCUGAGCACGGUACCCAUUGCAUGACCUGGGCAUGAUGAUUCCUGUAAAAUUACUUUGCAGCUGAGUACUGAGGACUUGGACAGCCAGGCUCCAGGGCCCCCAGACAUCGCCCUGUCGGCCUGCCAGGUGCAUCUGCUGCAGGAGCCSUGCUCGGGGAGCAGCUGUGCCACAGCCACGGUGACGGUGACAGCAGUGACCGACUUCGCGCAGGACGGGAGCCGCGUCAGCCGCAUCAGCGCCGAGCCACUCGCUCCCAGGAAUGGGCUCUGGAGGGCUCACACACCCAGGGAUGUGAAAGUCACAGUUCGGGACCUCCCAACAGGAAACUGCUACUCUUUCACUGAUCCACACAUUAUCACGUUUGAUGGAUGGCGUUAUGACAACUAUAAACUCAGGACGUUCCUGCUGUGCCGGAGUGAGUCGCGGAUGUUUGAAGUUCACGUCCGGCAGCGGCGUUGYGGACAUCACCGCUCCRMCACCKCCUGCAAUUGUGGCRUGGCUGCACAAGAAGAGGGGGACAYCGUGGUGCUGGACACCUGCAAUGGCCACUUUCAGGACAGCAGGCCCCAGCUGACCAUCAAAAGCAACGAGGCAUCGCCACGAGUCAGGAUCCUGAAGUCCUACGGAGGCAGGAAAAUAACAAUCCUGUUCCYUUCRGGAGCRUUUGYUCRAGUGGAUGUGAGCGGGUGGGGAAYGGGUGUGACCRUGAGGACACCGGGAGAGGAUUUCAACAGCACACGGGGUUUGUGUGGAUCCUUUGAUGGGAUUGCUCACAACGACCUGGACAAUGUGCCCCAAGAAAACUUCAUCGAGCACUGGAGAAUACCUCCAGGGAAGAGUUUAUUUGACAAGACUCCAGCACCUUCUGAGAGGAAGCAAAGGAAAAGAUUCUGCAGGUGCCAGAAGGGGAGCCCCAAGCCUGAGCCUGUGCUAAACACAAAAAAUGCCUUUCAGAMUCCUUCCCCUGAGUCCUCUGGUUGCCAUCACAGCCACGUGGAUCACAGCUCUGCAAUCCCAUAUCUGGAUGUCACAUCCGAGUUUGUCACUCACUGGGAAACAGAGCUGACCUCAAGAAAAGAUGAGAAAUCACCAAAGAAGCCUUUUGGUCAGAGAUUUUUGUCCAAAGCAGUUCAAAAGCGAGGCAGGUCUGAGGUCCAGCUCACACACAAUGUUUCCAUGAAUAGCAUCAGUCCUGGUGACUCUACCAAACCAACAGGAGACCAAAGGAGAGCAAAAAGGCAAGACAAGCACUAUGAAUAUUCAUCCUUUCACCCACUGCAUGGCCCCACCCAGAGAGACUCAGAGAGCUUUGCUUAUUUUUUUCCUGAGGACUACUUUGAAGGGGUUCAGACAAAAUUCCCGCUGUCAUGGCCCACUCCCAGUGGCCUGACUGCCACCAAGGCUCGGRAGAUUUGCCACCAAACUCUUGCAAAUUCCACCAUUGGCUCGGUGUGUAAAGGCCUCCUGGGAAAACACCUGGACGAGGCAAUCGAAAUUUGCCUUUUGGACCUGCAGCUCAAAGAUGACGCGGCUUGGGCGAGCGCACUGAUCGCCCUUUUGGAAAAUGAGUGUGAAAGGAGAGUGYUGGGGAACCAAAACGGAGCAUUCCCUGUUGGAAAACAGCCGUCUGGUGCUUGGGAGGAAAUCCUGAUGGCUCUGUGGUGCCCUGAGCUCUGUAAUGCCCGCGGGCGCUGUACCAAGCUGGGCUGUCAGUGCUCUGAAAGCCACAGCUCCCACAACUGCAGUGCUGCCAAAAAGCAAACCUUGGAAAUCACGGGUUUGGAGAAYGGGGGCCUCUGCGAUGUCCRUGCCUCGGGCUGUGCCAGGAUCCGYGUGUUUGGCCAGGGAUUCACGGACUCUCCCAGCCUGCACUGCCAGCUCACCAGGUUAAUCCGUCUUGAUAGGGAAUGGAUAUCACGAGAACAAGAAAGCACAAAAGCAGAUUUUCUGAGCUCUGAGGCUGUUGACUGCCAGAUCCCACUCCUGAACAUCACAGAGGCCGUGAACUUYGUGGCCAGUGACGAGCCGUUUGCACGAUGGCAAGUGAAAAUCACUAACGAUGGCUUCCAGUACAGUAAUUCCAGAGAGCUGACCCUGUACGACGCGGUCUGCCAGGUCUGCCAAUUCCAUCCGACCGGACUUUGUAAAUUAAAGGAAAAUACUUGCAACAUAGAUGGACUUUGCUAUGGUGAAGGAGAGUCAAGCCCUACCAGCCCUUGUCUUCUCUGUGAACCUGAAAUUUCAAAGUUCGUCUGGUCUGUUAAUGAAAACAACCUGCCUUCUGUGUUCCAGGCCCCCUCCAGCCAGCUGCUGACAUUUAUUGGUGAGAAUUUUGUUUACCAGCUAACAGCAGCGGAUCCCGAGGGGUCGGCUGUGCUAUUCAUCUUGGAGGCUGGGCCACUGGAUGCCAGGCUCUCUCCUGCUGGCCUCCUCAUCUGGAAAGUUGAYUCAGAAGAAACACAGACCUUUGAAUUCACUGUGUCAGACGAGUCCAAUGCACAGAGCAGGUACUCGAUUGAGGUUGGAGUGAAGCUCUGCAGCUGCCUGAAUGGUGGGACAUGUGUCACCAAUAUCAAACACCCUCCAGGCCUCGGGGAAUACCUGUGCUUGUGUCCCAAUGGAUUUGAUGGAGAAUUCUGCCAGGAAGACAUGAGGGACUGCAAAUCRAGCCCCUGUGGCAGUGGGACCUGCGUGGACAGCGUGGAGGGCUACUUUUGUAAAUGCCCCCCUGGUCUGGGAGGGCUUACUUGUCAGGAAGACAAGAACGAAUGCGAACAGAGUCUUUGUUUUCCUGGAGUGUCUUGUGUGAAUACCUUUGGAUCUUAUGCAUGUGGAAUUUGCCCCAGUGGGAUGGAGGGAAAUGGUAAAACUUGCAAAUCUGUGCUCGCUGCUGACGUUACAGAAGCUUUCAGCGAUGGCAAAGGGGAAUUGAACAGGACUGAGGUUAAGCAGCCACUGCAGUCCUCAGAGGCAAAGGAUUCUCCUGUAAUUAAGAAUUUUAACAUAAGUGAUAGACACGUCCCUUAUUUUUUUGGCCCUGCAGCACCUGUGUCACACAUCCCCACCUGUGCCAGCCGGCCGUGUUUUCCUGGAGCUCCGUGUUUUGACCGAAAACCUCCUUACGUUGGUUACAUCUGUGGCCGGUGCCCAGCAGGGUUUUUUGGAAAUGGUCGAACCUGUACCAGAAUCCCCAAAGCAGUUUCAAGAUCUUCUCAAAGCCAUGUGGAUUUUCCAGGAGGAAACAUUGAAGAUGCUCAAAGCUCUCACCAGGAAGAUGUAUCUAAGACACCAAGAAAUGUAUUUUCCCUUCUUUCCCAACCCCAAAUCCCAAGACAAGAUAUUCCAUUCUUUUUGGAAAGAAACCCCACAGCCAUUCACACUCCAUCCCUUGCCAUACAAAGGAAGAGUGCCCAAACUCAGACAUUGCCUGAAAUGGAGUUCACAGCUCCUGAGAAACAACCUCUUCUUGAUAAGAGAAGUGACCCACACAGCCCCUUUUUCCACCCAGGUGUCAGUGGGACCCCUCUCCAUUUCCAGCACAAACCAGCCACAGCACGGGCUGUUCCUCCUCAUCCCCACACAAAUUCAGGUUUGUAUUCUACAUGGUCACACACUGCUCAGCUGGCUCGUUCCACACAUGGUUAUCCUCCCAGGAAAUGGCCCGGUCCAGUCUGGAGCACUAAACCACCCCAAGGUUUCCCAACAGAGCAGCUCAGAGCAUCUCCUUUGGUGACACCCAUCCCUUCCCAUCACCAUUUGAUCAWUUCUUCCCUGGAUGAAUCUUCCCAGAGCAUUCCAGCAGGGUUUGYUCCCAGAGUGAAGCAUCCUGCACAGAGCACAGCAGCCAGGAAAUCGUUCAACAGAGCAAGGGAUGGUGUGGAACUGCCAGGAAGCAGCACUGGGGUGCAUCACAAAGCUGGGUGUGCUCAUCUGAUGUGUUUCACUGGGGUGCAGUGCCAGCCAGCUGCAGAUGGAGGGUUUAAAUGUGGUCCUUGUCCUCCUGGCUACAGCGGUGAUGGAAUUACAUGUGAAGUGCAGUGUGAGCCACCGUGUGAGCAUGGAGGAAUUUGUCUGCCCCAGAACGUUUGUUCUUGUGCUUAYGGGUUUGUAGGGCCUCGAUGCGAAACAAUGGUGUGUAACAGGCACUGCCACAAUGGAGGGGUCUGCGUGUCCCCAGAUGAGUGCAAAUGCAGGCAUGGGUGAAGCAGCCCCUCUUGUGAGACAGCUGUGUGCAAUCCUGUGUGCCUGAAUGGAGGAGUCUGUGUACRGCCAAAUAUGUGCUCGUGUCCUUCUGGUUUCUACGGGCCACAGUGCCAGAGAGCUGUCUGCAUUCCCCCCUGUAAGAACGGCGGUCACUGCAUCCAAGCCAAUGUCUGCUCCUGUGCCGAGGGCUACGCUGGGAGAAGGUGCCAGAAAACUGUUUGUGACCCCAUGUGCAUGAAUGGGGGGAAAUGUGUCCACCCAAAUGUCUGUGACUGCCCAUCUGGCUGGAGGGGAAAGCACUGCAACAAACCUGUUUGCCUGCAGAAAUGUCUCAAUGGAGGGGAGUGUGUGGGUCCCAACAUCUGCGAGUGCCCCAGAGGAUGAGGGGGAUUUCUGUGCCAGACCCCACUUUGUGAGCAAAACUGUCCAUUUGGGAGCAGAUGCAUCAGACCAAACGUCUGUGCUUGCAGAAGUGGCUACACUGGUUCAGCAUGUGAGAAAAAGGUAAGGCCCAAACCCACUGAUUCUUACAGUAAUGACAAAAAUAACCAGAUUUAA